CCCCCCCCCCUUUACCACAACUGCAAAACACGGUGAACGGCUGACUGACGCGAGUCCGCGGUAAGGUCGAUACUUCGGGGUUGUGUGGUAGCCCCAAGAACAAGAACGCAGGUCCAAACUUGAUUUCUGCGCGGGUAGUUGAUGACGGCUGCGACGGCGUGGGCAGCCUUCUCAGCGGGGCCUGCAAUAGCAUGACCUCGGCAGCAGCCGAAGCCCUUCUAUCUCCGAGUCUCCCUCCCUCCCCCCCUCCGCCUCCGCCGCCGCCUGCUACGACAGUGGAUGACGGCUACAAGGCCGACGACGACGGUGACGGCGACAGUGAGAACGGUAGCAAGGGGCCGAACGAGCCGCGGCUCAGCAGCUUCUACUCUUUCUAUACCUUGACCAUGUGUGAAGGCGACAUGACGGCCGACGGUGCCAGCCGAAUCAUCAAAUGCCACCCCUACUUCUCCAAGCACCUCAUCACAAUCCCCGCCAUCAGCAGCGCCACCAGCUGCGCCGCCGCCGACAAUAACAACAACAAAACCAACAACAAUGUUGACAACGCGGACGACAGUUACAGCGACGACGACCCCUCCGGGGUAGGCUACGGCCUGCAAUUCGCGGUCGACAACCUGAUCACGCUGCUCAAGACGGUGGCGGCGUUCCAGUCGAUCGGGAUCGGGCUGACGGGGCUGGCCGCGUUCGCCGCGGUGCCGGCGGCGUCGCUCGACGACGCGGACUGCAGAGGAGGCGACGAGUACGGACCCGGCGGCGGGGGCAGCGCGCGGCAGCGGUACUCGUGGGCGGUGUGGUUCAACCUGGCGUGCGCGUCGGCCGCCGCCCUGUUCCUGCUCCUGGGCGCGCUGACGGCCGCGGCGGGGGCCAAGGUGGCCGAGGAGUCGAUCGACGAGCUCGGGGCGGUGCGCGCGGCGGCGGGCCGCAGCUGGGUCGCGCUCGCGUGGGCCGCCGUCGCCCUCGUCGUCGCCGCCGUCGUCCACUGGGCGGUCAGAGGGGCCAGGUGGAGGAAGAUGCUGAGGGGGGAGAGGGAGGAGCGGAGGGAGCGGGAGAGGAAGAAGGAGAUGGAGCAGUUUGCCAGGAGGAGGGUCGAGGAGGCGACGAAGCAGCUGGGUGCCCAUGCCCAGAAGGGCAAGGAGGGGCCGCCUCGGCCCGGGGUUCGCGUGAAGCCCCCGACGCCGGCGCCGGCGCCGCCGUCAUUAUCCAGCCCGGCUCUGGGCUUUAUUUAGGCAAGGCACACCACCCCUUUUCGGUUCCGCUGGGCACCCCGGACAGACGGAUCUUCUUCUGGUAUUAUGGGUUGAGGAGCGGGAAAGUGGAACAGCCCUUCUCGUUCACGGUAGGGACGGGGAAGCAUAUGUGGUAGUUCGGAGAAUUUCGGUGUCAUCCGGGCCGCGAACGGGACUCUGAAGUUGAUAUCACGUACGG